AUGUCUACCGAAACUGUCACUCAAACUGCCCCUACUGUCGAGAAGAUUGAAGCCCCCUCCACGGCCACUUCUGAGGAUCUUUCCAACAGAAUCUACCUCGGAAAUCUCCCCAAUAAGGUCACUGAAGACCAGAUUAAGACCUUUUUGGAAGGCUUCACUGUUGAACGCGUCACUAUUCCUCGCACUCGCAACAGAUUCUUUAGCAAGAAACGAAAUAAUACAUUUGCUUUUGUCAGUCUCGCUUCUAAAGAAGAGGCUGAAAAGGCUGUUUCAACUAUGAAUGGAAAUACCCUUGACACUCGCACUAUCAUUGUCAAGGUUGCCAACCCCGAGAAGACUGAGAAGAAGGAAAAGACCCCUAAUAAGCGUGCUCUUAGGAAGUUGAAGAAGCCUGCAUCUAAGGCUGAAUCUGAGACUUCAGAGUCAACCGCUACCACCGAAUCGAAGGAGUCUGCGGAGUCUUCUACCCCUGCUACUUCCACUUCCACCCCUAAGAAGAAGUCAUCCAAGAAGCAGACCAAGCGGGAACGUGUUCCUGAGGAUAUCUCCCACACAGAUACCAUCUUUGUCAGCAAUAUCCCUUACAACACAACCAAUGAAAAGUUGGCCGAGCACUUUAAGGAACUCGAUCCUGUUUGGGGGUUUGUUGUCACCACGAUGAAACGCAGCAAGGCUUCUGACCGUUACAUUAAAUUUGUCUACGGUUUUGUUAAGUUUAAGGAUACUGAGAGCCAGCAGAAGGCCAUUGCUGAAUAUGCCGAUAAGUCUCUUGAUGACCGCAAACUUAGAAUCAGUGCUGUCAGAGAGCGCAAGGCCAAUGAAGAGGAUCAAGCUGAAGCUGAAGCUGAAGCUGAGUCUAAUACAGAGGCUGAGCCCGAAAAGGCUGAGGCUGCUCCUGCUGCUGCUGCUGCCAAAACCGAGGCUUAA